AUGAUGUCACAAAAGCAGAUGCAAUGCUCCACGGGAGCUCUGCUUCUCCUCCUACCCUUGUUUGGUGGCCUGGUGCUUGGAGAGAUCAGCAACGACUUCUCCCAGUGCCUUGAUUUCUUCUCUAAUAAAACUCCUCCAAAGGGUAUCACUGCAGCAGGGUACCAGCCAAUAUGCCAGCGCUACAAGAACCAUUACCACUUUGCCAGCCUGUAUCGUCGAGAGCAUCGUUCACCACUGUCCUCUGCGUACAUACUCAGUCCUGCAGAUGGCAAGCGGCCUGAAUCUAUCUGGAUGUUUGAACCUCAAUUGGCGUUUUCCCGUGGCAAAGCAGAGAUGCAACGCUUCAAGAGUGUCGUGAACCAGAAUGUGAUUGAGAGCCAAGCGGUUGUUAAGGACAACAAUAACUCCAACUUCACCAAGGGCCAUCUCAAUCCCAGCAUGCACCAGAAGACAAAAGAAGACCGGGAGGCCACCUUCACGCUGACAAACAUUGUCCCUCAGAAGAAGGGCUCCGACUGUGGACCGUGGAAUGAUCUGGAGAAGGAGGUUUUAAGUAACUUCACGGCCUUCUGCAACGGGUUGAUGCAUGUGAUCACCGGAGUCAUGCCUUAUGAGUCUGAACCGCGCUGGAUCAAUGGCAGGGUGUCUGCUCCUGAGUGCAUGUGGUCCGCCUACAGAUCCAACCUUCCAAAGUCUGUGAAGCCCUUUCCCCCCACAUAUGCUGCAGUGGGAAGGAAUGACCCCAACAGUGGAGAGGAGAUUGUGCCAGUUAAUGUCGAGGCGAGAAAGUAUUGGGGCUACGAUGUGAGGCGCAUGUCUUUAGAGGCUCUGGAGGGCAUCUUGAAACAGAGGCUGGCCAUGCCCAUCACUCUGUUUCAUGGACAGUGUCAGUCGCAAAGGUUGAAAGCUAUUGCAAUGAAUACAUUUACAUAUACAUGAUUUUACUAAGGAAACAAGAUAUAGGUAAAGAGCCUUCUUUUGAAUAAGUACUA